GUGUAAUAUAACUGGUCCCUAAUGUUGGUCAAAUAUUUUUUUGUUAAUAAGAUCGAAGUGUAAAGAAAUAAUCUGAUUUCUGUUAGUUCAAUACAACAUAUGUUGGAUACUGAAUAGCCUUCACUUUCGGUGCAACAUUGAAUGAUUUUGUCUUGUGCAAUGAAAUGAUGCGUUAUGCACUUCAGUAAAGUAAAUGGCAAUGAAUCUCAUUAUAAAAUGCCCACGAAAUCCGAUGUACACAACUAUGACGCUGCAAAAGGAUCUAGUGCAGACGUUGCUCCUUUGGAACAUCUUUUUGUAACUAAAUUUUCAAAGUUGACUAUUGAUGAUGAAUAUAAGUAUAAUCUUGCUUAUUUAGUCACUGAAAAUAAUAAUGGAACAACUCCAGUUGUAAAAAGCUCUCAGACUGAAAAGCGGCGAUCAGUCACACCGAAUACAAAACCUCUCAACCGCAUCCACGUUGAUUCUAUUCAACGUAAAUCUGAACCAGUUAUUCAUACAGACUACAGAGGUUUUCAUCGAUUAUCUAAAUACAAAAGACAAAAACCCUUGCGUGGAAAAGUUUCAACCCGUCGCAGUUCCCCUGUUUAUAUUAGUAGUCCUGAAUCGUAUGAACAUAUGUCAUCAGACCUUGAUGAUCAAGGAGAAUGCGACUACAGUUCAUUCGCAAAACGUCUGUCAAAAGUACAUGAUAAUGAUAAAUUUAACCAAAGUCAUCUCCUUGGGCAAAAGAAAGCUCUUGUGCCAAAUAAUGCUCCUGUAGAUCCCACUUCCAAGUUAAAUUGUUGUGCCAUUAAAUGCCCAGCUAGUUUGAAAACUGUUGCUCCCUUAUGUGAACUGAAGAACAAUUUAAAAGUCCAAAAGCCGAAUCCAAACACAAAUAGCAUUGUGUCACGUCGUGAAACUUCCCGAACAAUAGACAAAACACUUCGGCAAACAAAAGGUCGCUUGGAAUGCAUGAAAAUAGAAGUAAAUGCCCCAGAUCCAUUAAUGAGAGAUGAUUUUUGCUCUCAUGAUGUUGCAUCUAGAGUAAGAGCAUUCAAGGCACUCAUGAAAUCAGAAGAAUUAGAAGGAACUGAUCAAAAUAGUGGAACAAAAUCAAUUAGAAAAGUCUCGGAUGAACGAAAAACACCUGAUGUAUCAUAUCAAGAAAAUCAUAUUGGUCUCCGUCGGUCCAAAACGUUUUCUGGUGAACAGAUGUCAAGAAGAUAUCAAAAACAUUAUUUGCAAUAUAUGGAUUUAUGCUUUGAUUGUGGCAAACGUAUUUAUCCUGUAGAUCGUAUAUCUACCGGUGAACGAGUUUAUCAUAAGGCAUGUUUUCGUUGUGCAACAUGUCAAAGAACGCUAUUAGUUGGGAAUUUCGCAUCAUUAGAUGGAGUGAUAUUUUGUAAGCCACAUUAUAUAGAACAAUUUCAUAUGAGUGCAGGUCGUUAUGAAUAUCGUCAAAGUCUUAAUCAAUCUGCACCAUUGUCGUCAGUCUUUCGUGUACAAGGAGAAUAUUAAGAUCAUUCUUAUUUGUUUACAUUGUCAACUUCUACUACAUUUAUCUUACUAGAAUUUUUUUUUCAAUGAAACAAAAAGAUGAAUCGAAAGAAAAAAAUUCGUAUUAUAUAACUCUACAUUCAAAAAAAAACAUCACCUUUAACAACCAGAACAAGAUAACGUUGAAUUACAACAUUGUUUGUAUACUAACUACAUUGCACGAUUACAAAUCAUUAGCGAAUUGAUUACUUGAAGUUUGUCUUCAUUGGAUGAUAACUUUAUAAAAACGUUUCAACAAUCUUUACUUUGAUUAAUUUUUGAAACUUCAGGUAUCAGGAAUUUGAUAGAUCUAUAUUCUUCUUAUUUCUCAAUUUGUGUACGUAUAAUUUUCUUCAUUUAUUUGUUGUUAACUAUUUGUACUUUUUUAUAGAAAGAGUAAUAUCACUAGAUGACCAAA